AUGACUGCUGUGGCAUCACCACCUAGCGUGCAAACGGGGCCUCACAUGGGAUGGUUUGAUACUGGUAGCGGAGGACAGGGUGCUUUCUCUUCAAUGGACGCGGAAGAAGUGUCUCGGACAUUUAUGCCUCGAAAGACCGUCCAGAGAUCGAACUCUUCGUCAUCCCUCCGAUCCAACGGCUCCACCUCAACUACUGUGGCCCUUUCCGAGCAGAAUUCAGGCGCCGCACAACCUGCGGCUACAAAUAGCUGGAACAAGAAGAAACCCUCCAGAAAUCUCUGGCAUACCUCGAACUCAGAGCCGCAAUCCCUAAGGGGCAUUGCACCCUCCUCUCAAGCCAUGCCAGCCUUCUCUUCGGGCUCUAGCACCAUAACCGCGGUCCAUCAGCCACCAUCCAUUGUCCCGUCUCAGAAUAUGUUUCAGCUCUCACAACAACAGAAUGGCCUGCGCGCUCCGAGCGUCCUACAGGGUGAUCCACCUGCCAUUUUGACCCUCUUGCCUAUCAACGGUACCUUCGAGAAGAAACAGAUUACCGUGCCUUUUUAUCCAGAGGUAAUACGCAUUGGUCGACAGACUAACGCCAAGACAGUGCCUACGCCAGUGAAUGGAUUUUUCGACUCGAAGGUGCUUUCACGGCAGCACGCCGAGAUUUGGGCCGACAAAACCGGCAAGAUCUGGAUCCGUGAUGUCAAAUCGUCUAACGGUACAUUUGUGAACGGAAAGCGUUUAUCUCAGGAGAAUCGCGAGUCAGAUCCUCAUGAAUUGCGCGAGAACGAUACCCUAGAGCUCGGUAUAGAUAUUGUUAGCGAAGAUCAGAAGACGAUUGUUCAUCACAAGGUGUCUGCUAAAGUCGAGCAUGCUGGUAUUUAUGCGUCCAUUCCCAACAUUCUCGAUCUGACGCUGGGCGAUCUGGACCCUUCCGCCGGCAAUGGUCUUGUCCCGUCGCCGCUCUCGCAGCCUAUGUUGCAGCUUCGCGGUCGGUCGGGCAGUACUAUGAGCAACCGCAGUGCGCAGAGUGCAGCCAGCAGCCAGUUCAAUGCGCUACAGCAACAACGUCAGAUGAAUUACUGGAACUCACCGAUCUCAAUAGAGCAGGUGGUCAAAAGACUCACGCAAUCUCAGGAGCUUCGACAGACCGAUGAGUUCUUGACGACCUUGAUGAAGCCCGGUCCGCCCGAGAAAGAGAAAGCGAAACACUCGCCGCCUGACACGAACGCCUCUCGUGCGAUCAAUGGCAGACCAAAAAUACCUCGGGUAGACUCCUUUUCACGAUUCUCCGAGCCUCCAGCACCUCCUCCCCAACAACCACUACCUGAAAAGCCGGAUGCUUUACCUCGAAAUGGCACAGACUCCCUCUCCCCCUUGAAGCGUUCAGAUACCGAGAAGCCUAAGCUUGGUGGCAGCUCGCCUGUCAGUCGCGACAACAGUCAGAUCCUUUCACUGAUUGAAGCAUUGUCAACCGCCAAGCGUGAGCUUGAUACUCAAGGCGCCCGUGUCAAGGAAUUGGAAGCUAUGUUGCUCCAGGAGCGUACUGCUCGCGAAUCCGCCGAAGAAAAGGCUCGAAGUCUGGAAAGGCGGACUCUUGCUAAUGGUGCACAUGCUACCUCGACUGUGCCGCUAGACAAGUCUGUCGAGGAACCGGCCACCGGAGUUGUAGCAGAAGUUGUGACCGAAGCUGAGCAGGCGGGAGCGCCGGAUAUCCGAACAGAUGACCUCCAACAUCGUCUGGAAACGAUGAUCCAAGACAUGGAAGAAAUGAAGAAGCAAGUGACCAUGUUCAAAGAACAGGCACAACAUGCACAAAGUGAAACGGCUGAAGCGCGCAAGUCCCUGGCGGAGAUGAUUGAGACAUUACGACGAGAGCGCGCGGAGCGUGCCGAGAGCGAUGCCAAACUGGAGGAGUCAAGGAAGAGCGACGUUGCCGAUGCUCCUGUUAUGAAGGCGGAGAACGUGGCCGAGAAAGAAGUCCCUGAGCCUAGCGACUCCCGGCUGCAGCAUGAUGCAUCACCUCGCAUGAAAGAAAGCGACGGUGCAGAUCAGAAACUCGCCGCGCAACCUCACCGGCAUGACGUGUUGGAGCAGUCCGGCCCCUUUGCGUCAAUGCUGGGAGUCGUUUUGCUAGGUGUUGGGCUGAUGGCCUAUUUAAAUGGUUGGCAGAAGAUGGAUAAAUGA